CAUAGUCACCUCUCUUGCAUAAGUUCUUUAUUAUGUUCAUAGCCUCACGAAAAUCCUAGUAUUUGGAAAACGCAAAGAAUUUUUACAUAAAGUUUUUUUUGUAUCAAUAGCCAAUUUAAAGUGAUAGUCAGCAGGUGGUGAAGCGCUCAGUUGUCUGGACACAACUGAGUCCAACAUGGCGCAGGAGUAUCAAUACUUUUACGAGGAUGAGGUCUAUAGAUUUAACAAAAAGGGGAACCUGGAACUUGGAAUGGUGCUGGAAAAUGCCGAAUUUGUGUCGAGUGAUGAGGAAUCUGACUUAGAUGAGGAGUAUAAGGUGACAAAGGGCAGUAUUCGUGUGGCGUGGUACCCCAAGGGAGAGGAGCAGGUUCUGCCUGAGAGGAAGGUGGGGCUGGCAGAUCGCUCGCUUAUGCCAGGUGAUGUUGUACGGCGUUUGAUCCGAGGAAAGGACACCCAGCGUGGUUACUGUCGCCAGGUUCAUGUGACCUCCAGUGUUCAAGUUGUAGGAACGAAGCACGUAAUAUUAAAUGUUGACAGCAAUGAUCUUACUCCACUAGAGGAGUUCACAACAGACAUUGCUGUAGCUUUAGAUUCUUGGGUGGGAAUGGUGCACAUGGUCAAGUGUCGACUGGUGAUGCUGUGCUCUGAUGGAUCUAGAUGUAUAAUGUCCGAUGGUGAAGCUCUGGAACUGGAUGAUAUGCGGGAUACGCGAGACAGGGUUAGAUUGGACUCAGAGUUUCGGCGGUAUGACUUUUACCCUGGCCAGCAACUAGUGGGAUGCGCAAGGGCUUUUGAUGAUGUAGAAUGGAUCCAUCGUACACGGGAGAUGGAAGUUGUUCUCUCGAAGCCUCACAAGUCUAUAAAAGUCACUGUUGAACAAGUUCAGGUAGUACAGCUUGGAGUGCGCUGGCAGUGUCGGGCCUUUUCCAAUGACCUAAAUAUAGACAAAGAACAGCCUAAGUAUCUUGUUCAGGGAGAGGAUUUGAAAAGAGUGAAAAUGCUGAAUGUGUUUGAGCCUUGUACACUUCAGCUAGGUGACCGUAAUUAUUAUUGCUCAAAAGAAGGAGACAUUAUCAUGACCCGGGAUCAGUGGAGGAAACUCAUGGCAGCACAGCUCUCUGCAGAUCAUACUAACCCUUGCCCUCUGAGGCCCCGACCUGCAAAGAAUAAGUCAAAGAGAAAAGUACGGUGUAUUUUAUCUGGUGCUGUUGAAGAUAUAACAGAUCCACCUGGUAGUGCAUCACAGACAAAUGGAACUGAAGAAAUUCAAGUGACUGUACUUCAAGACGUUGUGGGUGCUGAAGGAGGCGUGUCAUUAGAAAACUCCAAAGAAGACUAUAAAGCUGACAGUGAUGGGUAUAUUGAUUUAGAUACAGAUGACUGUUCUGAUACAGCAUCUAUCAGUAGUGAGGCAUCUACUGGAUCUUUAGCACUGAUACCUUCCCACCUGCUGCCACAACUUCUUUGCUGCUUGAUAAGGGUGUGUUUUGCUCUGGUGUGUGUGGUUGGUGACACCCUCACCUGGUGUGUGCGGCUGGCUGGUCAGGGAUGCACCACAUUAUCUAGUUUCUUCCUCCUCACUGCCAUCACAGGGAAGCGUAACAAGAAGGGUCCAGCACUAAUGACCAAGAUGAUGAAGAAGCGUAAAUUAAAGAGGGCAAAGCGAAAGGCUGCCAGUGACGGAGCUACAAUCAAGCCUGGGGAUCAGCUGGUGGUAGAAACACUGAUGACCACAUCUAAGGCUGAUGUUGUUUGGCAGGAUGGUACCUUGGAGAAGUCCAUCCUCUCAACUGUGCUGUACCCCAUCCACCAUUUAGAUGAUCAAGAAUUUUUUCCUGGUGACUUUGUAGUGGAACAAAAAGAUGCUAUAGAUCCUCAUGAAUAUGGUGUUGUUCAAAAAGUUGAUCAUGGUGGAAGGACUUCCAUUGUUAAGUGGUUCAGAACUUACACCGCUGGAAAUGAGCCACGACCUGAGCUUGUCUGUGAACAAGAAAUGAGUGUGUAUGACUUGAGAGAUCACCCAGACUUCCGUUACCGCCCUGGCUCAGUUGUCAUAAGGGUUGCUAACUUUGAAAAUGACCAGAAUUGUUUUACUGGUCAGGUACUGGACAACUUUCCCUCUGGAGAAGUUAGUGUAUGGUGGGUAGAUGGACGGAAGUCAGUGUGUUACCCUCAAGAUCUUUACAAGGUGGGAGAAUAUGACUCUGAUGAGGGAGAGUUGUGGGAUGACACCGCCUCUGACGAAUCCUGGGAAACUGAAAGUGAACAUUCAGUUAUUGCUGAAGAAAGUGAAAGCGAGAGUGAAGGAUUGCUUAAAACAAGGCUGGUUGCAAACAUUGAAAAGGCACGGAUAGCCAUGAGUCGCCUCGAAGAAAUCUUUACUCAAAAUCCAGCCCUUCAGACUACAGCUGUGAUGAAACAGCUUCUGGACUGCUACAAAGAGUGCAGAUAUAUGGACAAGCUGAUGGGAACUAGCUUCUUCCAUGAAAGCAAUUUUCAGGGCCUAAUAGAGAAAGUUCGUGAACGUGGCCGAGCAUCUACUACCCAGCGAAUGACGGAGCAGAUCAACCGUCUCUUCUCAACUUCAGACACUGAAGCUGGGCCACUUAAUUCACCAGUAAACUGUGGAGAAGAAACGAAACCUGAUGCUGGGAAGUCUGAGACUUCUAAACAUGAUACAGCAAAAACAAAUAAAAGUGAUCCAAGCAACAAGGAUGCCAAGAACAGCAAGGAGUGCAAAGACUCGUGCAAUGCAGACACUGCUAUCAUGUCCUCCAAAAAUGCUAUACUCAGCAGUUCUGCAACACUUUCAGAAAAUUUGGCAAAUCUCAGCUUAACUCAGAGCAAAGCCAGCAAAUCUGAAAAGUUGCUGGAGGGGGGACGGAGUAGGGGUGGAGAACUGCGCCACAAAAGGAUGAGUGAGACUGACAUGACACUGCAUGACAAGACAUAUUCUGACUCACGUUUAAAGGAUUCUAAGAGUUGCAAUGAUCUGAAGGUAUCAUCUGAGACUCUGAGUGGGGUUACAGAAGAAAUUCGUACCUCCCAUAUGUGUGCUCAGCUAUGCUCACUCAUGAAGGCUCAACUACUGAAGACUUACGAAGAAGUUGUCUUUCGUUUUGGUGGACAUUUUGAUAUGAGUCUUAUGCAGGCAUGUCAGGAUCCUGAAGGUGCUCAUGGAGAGUUCAAAGAGAACUUGCAGAGUGAAAAUAAAGAAAACAUUCCAAUUUUCAUAGCUGAAGAUCUUGUUAAUGAAAACAAAUCUGUACCUCUGACACAGGAAACUCCACAGUUAAUAAGGCCAGAGGCAGAAGCAUUGGUAAUCGAAAAUCAAGAAAAACAAGAUAUGGAAGAGGAGAAAAAGAAUAUGGAAAAUGAAGUUGAGAAUGUUACAGAACUUAUGCAAUGUAUUUCCCCAGUCAUGACUUCACCAACAACAAAUGGCAGCCUGACAUCUAAUAAUGGAAAUGAUUGUGAGGUCACAAACAAAAAUAUAACAGCAAGUGACUCUGCAAAUGAUGAUUUAAUUAAUGCUAUUAUUGCUAGUGCUGUUGCAUCAGUCAAUGGAGAGGUUACUGCUGCCAGCAUUAAGACGAGUGGUCGUGAAGUAGCUGUCAGUCCAACAGAAGGUUGUGGACUAGCACUUGGGAACUGUCUUCCAAGCUCUGAGCCAGACGGUUUUCUGGUAUUGGAAGCUGCUCCUGAUAGUCAUAAAUUUAAGCUGACAAUGUUUCAGCCAACUGAUCCGCCACAUUUCUAUAGAACAGUUCGCAAAGAAAUGAAGUUGUUAACAACAUCCCUCCCUCCAGGCAUCUGGGUCAGAGGCUAUGAGGAUAGAAUGGAUCUCUACUCAGUCAUGAUUCGAGGACCGGAACGAACUCCAUAUGAAGAUGGCCUCUUCUUUUUUGACUUCCAGUUAUCGGCAGACUACCCACGUGCUCCCCCACUUUGUCAUUAUGUUACUUACUGCUCUGACAAACUCAAUCCAAACCUGUAUGAGGAUGGGAAGGUUUGUGUAUCUCUUCUUGGUACAUGGAGUGGCAAAGGCACAGAGGUGUGGACAAGCCAAAGUAAUCUUCUUCAGGUCAUCAUUUCUAUACAGGGUUUGAUCCUAGUGAGUGAACCAUACUUCAAUGAAGCUGGAUAUGAGCGUCAGAAAGGCACACAGCAGGGACGGGAAAACUCGCGCAUGUACAAUGAAAUGGUAGUCCUUAAACUUAUUCAGGCUAUGGCAAAAGUGAUCCAGGCACCACCUGAUAUCUUUAAAAAUGAAAUUAUUCAUCAUUUUCAUAUGAAAGCCUUUCGACAAGUACAGAGGUUGGAGUGCUGGCUUGAAAUAUCUGAGAAUUACAAUAUCUGUCACCCACUCUCACCAACAACACCCACUACCUUCAGAGAAAUACAUAAAUCAGAUACCAGUACCAAAGUUGAACUGCCAGAAUUUCCACUUAUUCCAGCUUCAAAAGGUUUUUGUAUUACAUUACGGAAAACCCUUCAGCAGUUUAAGGGCAUUCUGGAGUCUGUAGGAGUGUCAACAGAUCAUCAAGCUGCUCCUGGUUUUAGUAUAGCAGAUAUGAAGCUGCCCACAACAUCGGUGGUCACAGGAAACAUUGAAACUAAAGUUACUAAAGCUGCCUCUGUCAAGACAGAAGCAGAUAAUAUUGUUGGUCAUAACUCGUAGCUAUUGUCCAAUUCUAGCCCAUCUAUCCCAGUUAUUAUUAAUGUAUUUAUUAAUGUUAAUAUUCAGUGCCUGUGCGGGUUGUGGUGUUCGUUAAGUUUUGCAAGUUGUGGACAAUGUCAGAUUCCGGUCCUCUACAGUAAUAAGUUAGAUAUUUUCCCUUUUUGUAAUGAAUCUAAAAGGAGAUGAUAUAUUGCCAUCCCAACUAAGAUUUUUUUAUUCCAAAGAUUAUAUGUAACUUGUACCAAAACGUUCAUUUUAUGUACACAGCUCUCUUGACAAACUUUUGUAAUAAUUUAUCCUUUUUUUAUAUAUAUAUAAUACAUUUUUUGGUGUAGUUUAUAAAUAUUAUCACAUGUCAUUGUUAAUAUUUAUUAAUCAAAUGAGUUUCAUAUAAACAUUCUCCUUAUAAUUUCACAUUUCAUUUCAUUUCUUCUACAUAGCUUCUUUUACAAUUAGCGUAUCUUUGCCUUGUUUACUAUCCCAGUACCUUUUGUUGCUGCAAAAAUAAAUAAGUUUUAAGAAUUUGAAGAGAUUACAUUGUCAUAAAUCUUUUCUCCUCAUUAUUUAUGAAAAGAAUAAUUUUAAUGGCUUUGCUGUCCAAAUGAGGCAUACCCUAACCAUCCUCUUAAGGUGGAUUAUGGAGUGAUGUUUAUGAAGACAAAUAUAUUUGUCGUGAACUUAAUGGUACUGUAUUGGUGCACUUUCCUUUGCAAAGGAACUGGGAUAUUUCUAGUGUUUCUAAACAAAGUAUUUUAUGUUUACAGUACUGUACAGUUAUUCGUUUACUCCCAAAUAAUUUGUUAACUUCGAAAAUGAAUCAAUUUUCCUUUAAUAGAUUCUUUUCAAAGUGCCUCUUUUUUUUUUGUUUUUUUUUUAGUAUUGCCUUGAUCAUCUAUGCUAUUUAAUACAUACUAUCUUGCUGGAUCUUUGACUUUAUAUAUCUUUUAUGGUAUUCAUAGUGUGAUUCCUGAGAGAUUUUCGGCUAAUUUUGCAAGGCUAUAGAUGAUCAGGAUACAGAUUUGUAAGUAAUGUUUUGUUUUACUAUCAGCAAUAGUUGUCAGGAAGAUUACUGUAUUCAACACUUUGUGUUUCUUUACUGCUUUGCUCCUGUAAAUAUGAUAAUGAGAAUCUCGAAAGCUCAGUUGGCUUCAGAAUUUUAUAAAUGUUGAAAACGAUAGAAGCUGUGGAGAGAACGUACUUCUCAUCAUGAAGCCAGUCCUAUGCAGUACAAGAUCCAGCUGGAAUCACCCUCAAUGUAAGUUCAACUUUAUAAACCAAAAUAUGUUUCGUUGUAUUUCAUUACGUGUUAACCUUAAACAAAUUGAGUAAUAUUUCUGAGCACCACUAGUUCUAUUAUAAUGUUGCCAUGAACUAGUUUUUAUGCUGGGUCUUAUGAUAUAUUAGAAACUUUAAAAUAUUUUAUAGUUUUAUUAUGUGUUACACUGUCUUACUUGUUGGAUAUCUUCUGUUUUUAUUUGCAAAUGAUGCACUCCAUAUUCACCUCAUGUAUGAGUAUUUCCAGCUAGUAAUGGCAGCAUGUAGCUUCAUAAACAAAAUUUGUAUGUAUUAGGACUGUGUUUGGUAAACAAAUUAAAUGUUCCUUUCUUGUUUGCUUCCUGUAAUUACUUAAAAACAAGCACCACAGCCAAAGCUAGUCAUUGUUGCAUGUCAUUAUUGUUCAUAAUAUGCCUGAGGAAAAUGGGAUAUUACUGACUGGAAAAGGGCUAGGGGGAAUUCCUAAGGCUAAUUAUUGAGCUCCGAAUCUGUUGUUUAACAUUAUAUGCUUCUACACAACUGCACUGACAUGUUGCACCUGUAGGGUUAUGGGACGUACACUGGAAUGGAAGGGGACAGGUGACAAGUGUAAUAUAUGUUAGGGAGGAACAAGAAGCUGAAAAAUAAAAUAGAUCAGUUUUAUUACUUACAUUUUGCUAUUGUUUUUAUUGAGUGAUUUGUGAGUAAAGCUUAUUUCUUAAGAGAUUUUUUUGUUGUUAAAAGAAUGUGGAGAGAUAUGUGGGUAUCCACUCCUUCCCUCGUUCCCUCAUCCCAGUGGUAAUAAAUAUGUUAUGUGGCCGCUUAGUUACUAUCAAUCGAACAAUUCUUGCAGUUAUGUAAUCUGUAAUUGUGUUCAUUAAACUAGUUAAUAUUUCAUUUGGAGAAAGAUUUGUUAUAAUUUGAAAAGAAAUAUGCAAGAAAGGAGCUUUGCUAGUGUGCAAAUUUUUUUCUUGGUUAAAAAAAAUAGAGGAAAUGUAAGAGGUAUAAUUUUAUUUGCAUAGUUUGGGGUAUAAAGUGCACCUUUAGACUUGAAGAAAAUAGUGAAGAGUACAAUUUACAAUUUGCUGUACUAUAUUUCAUUUAAACUGAGAAAUAUUUAGUCUUUAUGAUAAAAAUAGAUUAUUGUUAAAAAUACGUAAGUAAAAAUGUUACCUUGAAAAGAAAAUGAUGGAAAAGCAAAAUGAAAUUACUGAAUAUUCUUUUAAGUGUAAAUAAAGAAUAAAAGAAUACUGUAUUAACAAUUAUGCAUUGAAGUAAAGUUACAAAAAAAUCAUUUGGUAAUGUUAUUGCAUUUUAAUGAAAAACAUAAUAAUAAGUGGUUCGUACUAGUGGCUUGAAUCAAAGAUGGGAGGGAGAGUUGAGCAGGUAUGCUUGGUUCAUACAGCAAAUGGCUGGAAUUCAACUCGCUCCUCAUCCUUCCCAAUAUCAGGGUUUUAUGGCUCCUGUUCCGUACCACCACAUCUGAAAGGUUCGGUUUGCUGCUUAUAGGUGCUAACAACUUUAGUUUGGAGCAUUGCCUAAAUGAUGUAUGUAAAGUGUUAAAGUAAAUGGCCAAGAAUUCAGUUACCAGAAUGCAAUGAAAAAUGUUUACAGUAAAAUUUAUUUUAGGGGAGUAGUAUUGGUAGAGGAUCAUGUGAUUAAUAUUUACAGCGUAAGUAUUAUCAAUAUUGUUUAAAAUCCUCUUUGAUCAUUACACUGAACUUGCCAUGUUAAUCAAUCCACAUGAAAAUCCAUUCAUUUAAAAAAUUAACUGGCCAACGAAUAUUAUGCUCCGUUUAUUUCAGUAUAAGAAUUCCACCUUAGUAUAGUAUAUAUCGUAUAUUGCUACAAAAGUGGCAGCUGUUGUAAGUGAUUAUGCCAGUAUAGGUAUAAAAAAAAAAUAUUCAUUAUUUUGAUUUCCAGCAGUUAUUCCUGUAUUAGAAUUUGCCUAAUACUUGUAGCUGACUGGUAUUGUUUAAUUCCAAAAUACAAAGUGGCUCAUUACAUAUUUGCAUUUAUUUUGCUGUGGAUCACAUCACAAUUGAUUCACUUGCCACAUCAUAUUUUGAGAUCCAGAUUAAUUUUUGUUCAACUCUCUUUGCUCUGUGGUAAAAAUUGGCAGUUUUAUUUUGGGGAUGUUUUUCAUAUUUUCAAUACAACGGAAAGCCAGAAUAUAUUUCUUACACUGACCUCCAUAUAGGUGGUGGCUCAGUAUGCCCCAGUACUAAGAGUAGCAAUUUGGUUAAAUGUUGAACAAUAUACUGCAGUUUUGCAAGUUCUAAAAUAAGAUAGUAAUGUUUUGGAAGGUAAGAAUAAUGCCGAGAAAGUAUAGAAAAAUAAAUAAAUAAAUAAGAGUUCAUGUAUACCCAAAAAUCUUUCAUUACUGUAUAACAGUACUUUAUUAUUUGGCAAGGAACACAGUUUGCUAAUUGUUCUAAAACAAAUUACAACAAAAUUAUUAUAUUCAAAUGAAUAAAUAACAGUUGUUCAACCUGGUUCUACCUGUUUUUAAUUUUUUUUUUUAUAGUGAUGGUUAUUUUUUUAGUUUAGGAACAGUGAGGUUUAUUAUUUAAUGUAUUUGGUUUUUGUUACUCAUAUUGGUUUUGUUCUGCUAAUUCCUGUUCAGAAAUAAGUGCAUCAUUAAAAUGAAAGUUUGGCAAGUCAAUACUUAAUGUUUUCCAAUCUUCAACUCUUGCUUUCAUUAACUAACCUCAAUUGGCAUUCUGUUGCCCAUCAUAUUCUAGUCAGUUUUCUCUCAAGUGGACAUAAUAAGUCAAACUGUUAUUGAGAUUCAACUGAUUAAUACAUUUACAGAAUGACAUUAAUAAAUAUGUAUAUAAAUGUAUACAAAUGUCCACUUGGGAAUGUUACAGUAAGAGUGCACUUUCACAUUCAAAUAUUGUGUAUGUGUAUCCUAAUGGUUUAGCAAGUAUAUUUCUAUGCACAAUAACAAUUUUUAAGAGUUGAUAUUGUAUGUAAGGGAGGUUGUACGAGAUGAAUGAGAAGUGUGUUGAGGUAUUUGGGAACAGACUUUUAUUGGUCAUUGUUGUGAUAAUAUAUUAUUGGCUUAAGUGUUCUCUACUUGAUUAUCAUAAAUGAAAUAAAUUUUCUCACUUUUCCUAGUUAAUUUAUGUAAAUUAAGUGAUCUGAUAUAUCAUCACUGUUGAUUAUAUAGUAUAGAUUUUGUGAUUUAAUCAUGUAUGAAAAAAUUAAGGUUUUUGCAUAUGUGGAUGUGUACAAGAUUUAUUUAAUGCUUUUAUUUUGUAAAAAUGUCUUUACAUGCUUUAUUCUUUAUUCAGAAAUUACUGUAAAAUAUGUAACUUUCUGGGAAAAUUGAAAAGGUGUAUUAAGAUUUUGUUACAUUGGUAAUUGGAAUGGAGUUUGACUGAAUAGACUUGAACAAAGCAGAAAGAAUAUACAGUACCAUAGAGGACAGUUUCUAUUACAUGUUUGGUGUUACAUAUGCAUUCUUCAUUUAAUGGCUAUAAUUCAUUGAGAAUCUUUUAAGUUACAUUUGUCAUAAUAAAGUACAAUAAUGUAUUUAUUAGUU